CGCAUACACUCGCCUCGCCAACGUAUCUCCUUCUUUUUCCCACAUGAAUAAACACGAGGAGAAUUGGGCAAGACGCGAGCGAUAAUGGAGCAUACAAGUCGGCAGUUCGCCGCGGAACGACGAACCGGUGGUGCGCUGCUCAUUUGGCAGACAUUCUUCUUUGACAAGUUUUCGUUGCGUCAUCCCCGUUACCUUUUCCAAUCAUUGUUAUCAGUCAUUUUUUCGUUUGCAUUAUUAUACAAGUGAAGUCAUAAUCUUAAGUUAGCUGUAAUAUUCUUGGCCCAAGAGCCAAUCAACCGGCUCUGCGAUGGCACUCGCAUUUAGACUAUCACCGCUCGUCCGAUUGGUGACCAAUGGGCCGUUAUUAAGCAGCAGAACCACUAGACGAUUGAUCUCCCUGACAUCAUUAUACCGUGGCAAGAUAGUGCCAUACAAGCUGGCUGACAUUGGAGAGGGAAUACGAGAGGUCGUCAUCAAGGAGUGGUUUGUCAAGGACGGGGACAAGGUGCGCCAGUUCGACAACAUAUGCGAGGUGCAGAGCGACAAGGCCUCGGUGACGAUAACAAGCCGCUACGACGGCACCGUCAAAACCGUCCACUACAAGCUCAACGAGACCUGCCUCGUGGGGUCUGCCCUCGUCGACAUCGAGCUCGAUUCCGAGGAACCCGACGAUCCUGCUCCACCGGCCGCUCCAACCCAACAGCCCAUCGAAGUGACUCUAGCAGCCAAGAACGACGAUGAGAAAGAGGCCAGUCCCCAGGAACCGACGGAUAAGACACUGACCACCCCAGCGGUGAGAAAAAUAGCCAAGGAGCACAACGUGAAUCUGGCACAGGUGCCCGCCACAGGUAAGGACGGCCGCGUUCUCAAGGAGGAUAUUCUGGCAUAUUUGGCCGACAAAGCCCCAGCCGAGGUCGUCAGGACGGAUGCUAGCGGCACCACUGACCUGAAGAGGCUCGUCGAGAAGAAGUACGCCAAGCAUAUGUGGAAAUCAAUGACGCAAUCACUGGCGAUACCGCACUUCGUCUACAGCGACGACUGCGACGUGACGAAGCUGGUGAAACUGCGCGCGGAAGUGAAAGAGGCCUUCCAACGCCAAGGCCUCGCCUUGUCCUACAUGCCGUUUUUCCUGAAAGCCAUAUCCCGCGCGCUACUCCAGUACCCGGAGCUCAAUGCCCUCGUCAACGAGGAAGCCGAGUCCGUUGACAUCAAGAAGGAGCACAACAUCUCACUGGCCAUGGACACCCCGGGAGGCCUGGUCGUGCCCAACAUUAAGAACGUUCAGAAUAUGUGCAUCGUCGACAUCGCCAAGGAGCUCAACAGGCUACAAGCCCUUGGGAAAAAGGCUUCGAUUCCACCCAAGGAUCUCAUGGGGGGCACCAUUUCCAUUUCAAACAUUGGCAUUGUCGGAGGAACAUACACGAAGCCCGUAAUACUAUCGCCGCAAGUUGUGAUAGGCGCUGUUGGGAAAAUUCAGAGGCUGCCGAAAUUCGACGAGCUGGGUAACAUCGUCGCGAGAGAUAUUCUGUCUAUCAGCUGGGCGGCAGAUCACAGAGUCGUGGAUGGUGUGACAAUGGCAAAGUUCUCGAAUUUGUGGAAACAUUACUUAGAAAAUCCAUAUCAUUUGACACUAGGACUUUGAAAACUUCACGAAACUAUCAAAA